ACAUUAUAGGUUAUUGCAACCCCGCAUGAUUCUCCUGUACGCCCAUUCAGUUUUUCUAACCUUCCAAACUCCUUCACCACUCCACCUCUCUCAACCACGCAACCUUAAAUUUCAACUUCUUUCUGUCUAUCGAUCAAUUAACAUUUUUUCUUUGUCCGGUUGAUUGACCAUAACAUGCCGGCUUGAUUAUUUGCAAGUUUCUUUCUGCUGGCUGCUAAAAUGGCUAAUGCAACAUCUAAUGGUAAAUUGAUAUGCGACAGAAAAGACGAGUUAAGAGCAAGUGGUGUCUUCUUCGGGGGUAAUCCACUCGACUUUGCAACUCCUGUCCUUUUUCUUCAACUUUCGGUUUCAGCUAUAUUGACUUCCAUAAUCCAGUUACUUUUCAACCAUCGUGGUCAGAGUUCAUUUUUCUCACAUAUGUUGACUGGUAUUCUAAUGGGACCGAUGAUUUGGGGAGAUAGCAAUCCUAUCGUGAGAGGGGCUUUAACCUAUAGAAGUUUAUAUAUCAAUCAAACAUUAGCCCUAUUUGGGUGCACGCUAUUUCUGUUUUCAAUUGGAGUAAAAACGGAUUUAAGCAUGGUUAAAAGAACAGGAAAGAAAGCAGUGAUCAUUGGCGUUCUAUCUUUUCUGGUGCCCAUUACUCUAAACACAAUCGUUGCUGCCAUUUUAAAGCAUACUGUCAAAAUGCAUCCAGAUAUACAACAAUCCAUAUAUUUCGUCGCAUCAUUUUUUGCUUUAAAUUCCUUUCAUGUCGUAGUCUGUCUUCUAGCUGAUCUAAAUCUACUCAACUCAGAGCUCGGUCGAUUAGCCACAUCUUCUUCUUUGGUUAGUGGCAUGUUUUCUUGGUGUUGGAUAAUUAUACUCUACACAAUUAUGCAAGGUAGCAUAGGAAAACAGGAAACUGUGAUAUGGAUGUUCCUAUCUCUUGCCUGCUUGUUGAUGAUCAUAGUAUACAUCUUGCGGCCUGUGAUGGUGAUGAUGGCAAGGCAUACAACUGAAGGAAAAAGUGUAAAAGAGGGUUACAUCUCGGCUAUCUUUAUGAUGGUUUUAGGGUGUUCAUUCGUUAGCGAAGUAAUUGGGCAACAUAUGAUCAUUGGGCCAAUAUUUUUGGGCAUGGCAGCGCCAGGGGGACCGCCAUUAGGAUCAGCACUGGUCAACAAACUUGAUUCUUUCGUAUCCUCUGUUCUCCUACCAAGCUAUUUUAUAUUAACUGGAUCUGGCAUAAGCAUCCUAAAUGUACAUUGGCAGGCUGUGAUUAUCAUCCAGUUUCUGUCUUUUUGUAACUUACUCGCAAAACUUUUGGCAACUGUCUUGCCUUCCCUGUACUGCAAAAUGCCUCCUCUUGAUGCUAUUUCCUUAGGCCUUAUCAUGAGUGUCCAGGGGGUCACGGAUGUCAUGAUUCUACAACAUGCACAGAACCUUAAGCUAAUUGACAGCCAAUCAUUUACCAUCAUGUCCGUAUCAAUUGUUUUUAUGGCUGGAAUCAUCACCCCCUUGGUGAAAUUUUUAUACGAGCCAUCCAAGAGAUACAUUUCCCAUAAGAAAAGGUCCAUUCAACACUCACAUCCAGAAACAGAGCUCCGAAUGCUGGCCGGAAUUUACUGCCAAUAUCAGACUCCUUCUAUCAUCAAUCUCCUCGAAUUAUCAAAUCCAACAGCAAAAAGCCCCAUAUGCUUCUACGUGGUUCACCUCCUUGAACUCAUUGGUCGAUCAGCUCCGCUUCUCAUAACUCAUCGGCCAGGCAGAAAGAAUUCAGUUCAAAUGCAGGGUUCCAAGCACAUGAUAAACGCAUUCAGAUUGUACGAGGAGAUUAAUGAGGGUACUGUUGUUGUCAACUUAUAUACAGCCAUUUCGCCAUUUGUCUCAAUGCAUGAUGAAAUUUGCAGUCUUGCAUUGGAAAAGAGAGUUUCGUUGAUUGUUAUCCCAUUCCACAAGCAAUGGAAUACAAGCACUGAAAUUGAAGUAUUGCCACGGGCUACCAGAUCAGUCAAUCAACAAAUCCUCCAAAACGCCCCCUGUUCUGUCGGGAUCUUGGUGGACCGUGGCACAACGACUAGCACAAAUUCCAUGUCAAGUAAAAGCUUAUACAACGUUGGACUGAUAUUUGUGGAAGGCCCUGACGAUCGAGAAGCAUUAGCAUAUGCCAUGCGCAUGGCAGAACACCCCAACAUAAGCAUCACGGUGACCCGUUUGGUUGAUUCUAACAAGAAAAGAAGAGAAGGCAGAACCAAUCAUCAGGAACUAGAAGAUGAGCGCAUUAUCAACGACUUCAGGAUUGCGCAUGCGGGGAAACAACACUUCGUCUACAAGGAGGAAUUUGUGUGUGAUAGCGUGGAAACAGUAGGGAUAAUUCGAUCAAUGGAGGAUUGUUAUGAUCUCAUUUUGGUGGGAAGACGCCAUGACAGCAAUUCGCCAUUGUUCGCCGGGCUUACCGAGUGGAAUGAGUUUCCCGAGCUAGGAUUUGUGGGGGACAUGUUAGCCUCAUCGGACUCCGGCUGUCAAGUCUCGGUGCUGGUAAUGCAACAAACACUUGCAAAGUCCAAAAAUACUACCACCGAUUCAUCCGUAAUGGUAGAUAUACCCCAUAAGUUAACUAGAGUGUGGCCAGAGACCUAGGAAAUUACAGAGAAAGUAGAAUUCAACAACUUAAUAAAUUGUUUCUUUUCUUUUUCCCUUCUACACUAUACUGUUGAAGUCUUAGUAAUCUAAGAAGACUAGAAUGAAGUAGCCAAAUGAAUCAUCGUAUUCAUGUGUUGGUAUGUUUUCGACUGAAACAGUAGUCAUUCUCCUUCAGCAUUGGCAGUAGAAUGUAAUAUUUAGAUAUCCAAUUUGA